AUGGCUAAAAAAAAGAAGAGCUUCUCAAGUUCGAAGCGGCCAACGACACCACCAAGGCCAGAGUCGAAAGCAUCACCGUCACUAGCUAUGAAAUCGGAUGAAUCGAAUCUUAACCAAGGCGGUAUUGGCGUUGAUGCUGGUUCAUCCCAAUCCUACUCACAUGACGAGACAGACCAACUGUUGCCAUCAGUAUCGCUAGAAAGAGAAAAGGAACGAGAUGAAAUGCAGACCAAUAGAGACGGCGAGGAAGACCGUGGAAACAGAAAAUUUCUGCGCCAGCGGUCUUCUGUUAAUAACUUACGCGAAUCAGAGGAAACAAAUUUCCCUAAACGGGAUCGAUCCGGAUCGGCUAAUAUAAGGCCGUUGACACUAUGGGAUUAUCUACUUUUGGAGUUGGGUGACAAUGGUCUCGCUCUUUCAGGACAAGAUAAAGCAGAACAUCUGUCAAAUGUGAUCAAGAUUCCCUUAUAUUUGGAAAGAGUUAUUUUCUUUGGAAUGCUAACAUGUUUGGACUCCUUUCUUUAUAUUUUCACGAUUCUACCACUACGCAUUAUAUAUUCAUUUUACCGCAUCAUCAUAUUUCGUGCCUCAAAUGCUCGGAAGUCUGAUGCUUUGAAGGGUGUUAUUCUUAUUGUAGUUCUGCAUUCCAUGUUGCAGUUGGAUACAAGUCGGAUUUACCACAAUAUCAGGGGACAGGCCGCGAUCAAAUUAUAUGUUAUGAUUAACGUACUGGAGGUCGCCGACAAAUUGUGCUCUGCCCUCGGUCAGGACAUGAUUGAGUGCUUGUUCUCUGCCGGGACUCUUAGUAGCUCCUGGAGACUACCUGUUUUUGCCAUAUUGGUGGGUGGGUAUUUCUACGCUCACUGUUUAAUCAUGCUUUACCAAACCAUCACAUUGAAUGUAGCUGUGAAUUCAUAUUCCAAUGCAUUGCUCACAUUGCUUUUAAGUAACCAAUUUUCGGAGAUAAAGGGUGCAGUUUUCAAGAAGUUUGAACGAGAAGAACUUUUCCAGUUGACUUGCGCUGAUAUAACCGAACGGUUUCAAUUGAUGGUGAUUUUGUUGGUGAUUGGUGUGAGAAACGCAGUUGAAGUUAGUAACGUUGGCCUCAUUCCUGCGUCAUGGGCGGGUUGGAACCGUUGGCUUGGUGCCUUGUUUGGCCCUGCUGUAGUCGUAGUCGGCUCAGAAGUGAUUGUGGACAGUAUGAAGCAUGCUUAUGUUACCAAAUUCAAUAGUUUAAAGCCCAAGAUUUACCGCAAGUUCUUGGAUGUAUUGGCUAUGGAUUACGCUGAUAAUGCUCUGUCUGAUCAAAUUGUAAGUAGACGCACGGGAUUACCGGUAUAUCCUCUGGCCAUUGUUUCUGCAAAAAUGCUCUUACAGUCUUAUAAUAUGUGGAUUGAGCAAAGUACCAGCGUUAGUGUUGGAAAUACUAGUCAAUCCCCUACUGCUACUAUCAGAUUGAACUUGGCUAAAACUGCUCCACCCUCAGUCUUAAAUAAAAUCGACAUUUUCUUAGCAAAGAUGGGGUUUUGGCCCGCUUUAUCAUCACCCUCUCCAACACCAACACCGAGCCAAUUGAUAGAAACAAAUAACUCUUCUACAGUUGCGAGUUUCUUUGAUCAUUUCGAGAUACCUUUCGAAGCCUUAUCUAUUCUGAAUACCCUGGUGAUAUGUAGCAUUAUUUACAUCGUGCUACUGUUUGUUAAACUUGUUCUGGGAGUGCUUCUUCUUCGCUACUCGACUAAGCGAUGUGCUGUUGUUCGCCGUUAUAGACAAAAUCGAAGCCAUAAAGCUCGUGAUGAUUAUUCUGAUGUCAAACCAACCGGUGUUCUCGAUGAAAAGAUACGGUCUGGAUUGUAUGAGCCUGAAGAGGAUGUCCCAAAUGCCAAGAAGCCCAAAUAUUCGUCUACAAGCGAUGGAUACGGUGAUCUGAUAGGGGUGUCACGGUUUAAAAUGUCUUCGAAAAGAAUUUGGUAA